CAGAAUACGCAACACACCCACAGUGGACAUAUAGCGCACAUAAAGUAUAUCCUGAGCAAACAUGCAGUUUACAAAUACAGCACAUUGUAGUUACUGUACGUAGGGUAUAUAUGCUCAUCAUACUGUGUAUGCUGGGACAGGACGUAAUUUGAUGCAUGAUUCGGCAGCCUUGCCGGCAUUCCUCCGUGAAUGUUAAUUUUUGGUGGGGUUGUAAGCCACGAACACCAUUCCUCAACUGUUGACGGGAAGCCUAGCCCAGAAUAGCCUGGGAUUCGAGGCUUUCUACAACUCAUCACUAUGUUCCCACAUCCCCCUCAAUUAUUUAAUUCAGAAGAAUCACUCCUAGUUAUUGCCGUUAUCUUGCCCCGUGUAGAUUAAUGUCAAGUUCAGGUUCAUUUUUGUUAACCAGGUGACUUCUCAAGAGAUUAGGAUGAACUCAUUUGCAAGUGACCUGGGUCUCCAAAUUGACAAAAGCAAAAGAAAGUACAGCCAUAAAGUCAAAAGAAAUCAGAGUACAAAUUACGUCCAAUGAGAAAUAUAAAAUAUUGCACGAACAUAUAUUAAUGUUAUAUCAUUAAUUCCUGGUAAGGCAAGUCAGCGCGGGCAGAUUAUUCUUUGACUCAUCAUAGUACAAUUGCAAUUCAGUGAAAGAAACUUAAAAAAGAUGUAGGGUGAUUUGUACUGUACUACUAUGUAAACAUACGGAUAUGUCAAAUGCAAUUGCAAAUGAAGUUAUCCUAAAAAUCGGCAGCUUAGCAUACCCGUCUUUAACGUAGUAGAUGUGAGCGUGCCAUGAGGGUAACCAGAUGACUAAAGUCAUUCUUUCCCCCCCCCCCCAUGGCAUCGCUCACAUCCGUCUUCUACCACAAGCAAAUGCUCACGCAGCUCAGUUGGCGCUGACCCCGGAUCAGCCAAGCUGCCCUCGUCUUCUCCGCGUCGCCAUCAUAGGCGCCCCCAAUGCUGGCAAAUCCACACUUGCCAACCAAAUCCUGGGCAGGAAGGUGUUUGGCGUGUCCAGAAAAGUUCACACGACUCGCUGUACGUCUGCUGGAGUCCUCACGGAAGAUGAUGCUCAGAUCGUGCUCUUGGACACGCCUGGUCUGACAAGUCCCUCUCGUUCCAAACGACAUGGCCUGGCUCCAUCUUUCACCAAGGAUCCUCAAGCAUCGCUUGAGCAAGCGGAUGUGGUGUUGGUGUGCGUGGACGUGUCGGACCCAUGGUUGAAAACGCGAUGUCAACUCGACGCCCAGACCCUAAACUGCCUCCGCAAAAACCCAGAGCUUCCCAGCCUUCUGGUGCUGAACAAGGUGGACAUCCUCAAGGGUAAGAGCGAUCUGCUGGAGAUCACGGAGGCGCUGAGCUAUGACGUCACCGCUGCCCUCGCCAGGGAUAAACGUGUGGCUGCGGAAGAGGCGGGGUCUGAACCGGAUGGGGCGGGGCCUCUGCAUGAAGGGGCGGAGCCUCCCAAGGAAGUGACGAGGCCUCGGCGCCAUGGCAGGGCGCCUCGGUCAUUCUUCCACGAUGUGUUCAUGGUAUCGGCGCUCAACGGCGACGAAGUUGAAACACUGAGGGGCUAUCUGCUGUCGCGGGCCCGCGCGUCGCCAUGGCGGUUCCACAGCUCCGUGCUCACCGAUCAGACGCCCAUGCAGCUGAGCCUCGAUGCCGUGCGAGCGCGGCUGCUCGAGGUGCUCCCACAGGAGGUGCCCUACCUCAUCAAGCAGAGCGUGUUGCACUGGGAGGAGGGGCCAAGUGGGGAGCUGCAUAUCAUCCAGCAGCUGACCGUCACCAAGAACUCGCACAUGCGGAUGCUGCUGGGGCGUGGAGGAUCGUGCGUGGCGGCUGUGUCACGCUUGGCUCAGUGGGAUCUGAGUUCCGUCUUCUUGCGCGACGUGCGGCUCAACCUCUCCGUCAAGCUCAUCUCGUGACUACUACCGCCAGCAGCAGCCUCGUGGCUACUCAAGACUACACCUGCGCCAUCCAUGUUACUACCGAACAGCUGCAUCGUGACGCGUUGUGACCUCCCGUGACUACCGACAGCAGCCUUUCGCGGUCACAGCCCCAUGCCUGCAUGACUACCAGCUUCGCCCCUGUGACUCAUCAUGCCUGCUUGUCGCUGGCCAACGCCAGCAGUGACCAACCACCAUCGCAAUGUGCAAGACACUUUUUCAUGAGCAUCCUAUAUUGGGAUGUUUGACCAAUUAUAUUUCAAGGAACCCCUUGACCACUGUGGUCAUCAUCGUCAUCAUCACCAUCAUCUCUGUGACCACCAACACCGUACGCUAGUGGUGGCCAAUACACCAAGCACUGUGAUCGAUUUUGGUGGAUCUCAACAGGCUGCGUGAUCCACCAGAAAGCUGUCACCAAAAAUUACCAAUAGAUUAUAGACGCAAAGUACUAGCUUCAUUUAUUGGUAAAAGUUAUCCUUUCAUUCAACGGAGAAAUUCUUAGUCAGGGAUUUUUAAUGUGCUCAGCCAUAAUGAAAUUGUCUUAUGCUUAUGUAAGUGUCUGUUCUGAUUUGUCCUGAGAUCCUCAAAAAAACUUUUGUGAUCCACCUGGGGACGCAGGAUAAAACACACCGGCAGCACAUGUGGGGGACGCGAUGGCACACCAUGCAAUUUCCGUGAGAGGGGAGUUGCAAAGCGCAGUGUUGUAUUGUUGCCGCUGUAUAAGAUAAUGCAGAGCGGCAAGAAGAAGCGAAUCCCACUUCACCUCGUCACCCACGUGACCGCCAGUAAAUCGGCCCAGCGACUCUCAGCACCGCCCUCGCAGCUACCCGUGACUACCCGCGACUAUCAAUGACCACUAACACCCUAACCCCGUUAACAUCCCUGACUACGGGGGAAGGUUUUCACCCACCCUCUCCCUAAGCCGGUCUGUGAAUUGUCACAAUUCACGCUUGCGAUUCAAUUGAAGGAUCAAAUGUUUGUCGUGUUUUUACCAUCUUGUUUGUGCAAGUUCCUCGCUCCCCAUGUGUUUCUCGUAUAGUUUUGUUCGCUGAAAAAACCUAAAUGUAACGGCAUGCAAUCUGCGUACGCCGUGAAUUGUCAGUUCUCUACACAAUCAUUCGAUGCGUAGCGUAUUAUUGCGGGUGCAACAAUUGACUUUAUUCGAUCAGUCGUCACAUCGUUACGUGGCCAAUGACUGCCCUUGACAGCUGUGAUUAGCAAUACCAGUCCGCGUGACUGCCUGUGACAACCAACACCUGUCUUGUCUGUACCAACUCCGCUGUACUAGAUUUGAAGCUUUCGUGACUGUCAAGGAUCCAUAUUCGUUGGUUCUAUUCGGUAAAGUCACGUAGGUAAAAAAAUGAAAACAAAAAAUCACGACGUUUCGGCCACAACACAAGUGGCCUUUAUCAGGUGAAGGGGCCGGGACUGUUCCAGAGUACAGAGUUUGGUCCCUUCACCUGAUGAAGGCCACUUGUGUUGUGGCCGAAACGUCGUGAUUUUUUUUAACUACGUGACUUUACCGAAUAGAAAUCCGCUUUAAUUUACUCUGAAUACCCGUGACCAUCACUGCAGACGUGCGUUUGAUUGUUUUAAGUAAUAUACAAUGUUAAUUUUUACACUUGAGUAAAAUGUAUUUCCACAGGGGUGAGGAUAGAUGAUUUAUGUUUAUCAUAUGCGAAUGAUAUGCUCCUGUUACAUUUAGGUAGUUUUCGUAAAUUACUGUGCAAUCUAUAAUGCUAACUUAUGAUAUGCGCGUUAACUAGCCUUACAUUUUAACUGCAAUGUUACUUUGAACUAACUGUACAAAAACGUGGUCUUACAAUAAAAAAAUACAUCUAAAAGAAGUUAAAAACCAAAAACAUGGAAAUGUUGUCAUUGGGAAUAUAAAAAAAAAUUAUUCCCGCAAACUGCAUACCGUAGUUUAAACUGCAUACGGUAAAGUCAUCGCUUCGCGUGCGUUCACACAGCACGUAGUCGCUGUCAAGCAGUUCUUCAAUCGGGGAAACACUUUUCGCACAAAGCGGAACGCACACUUUAUGUUUCCGAGCGGUCAACGACGAACUACUUUGGACGCGCGGCUGAGCGUUAUGAUCGAGUACGCGGAAUGAUACAGCGAUGCAGCGGUGUCCAUUGUUCAUCGUAAAACUUUUUAUUGUUACAUGAUGGGGAAAUUGUUUUCGCUUAAUGAUUUUUUUUUUCCCGCUAAACGAGGCACUUUUCAGAACGCAUCUUCCGCGUUAACCGAGGACUUGCUGUACUCGGGUUUAGUGGCAUACAUCACUGCCCUCCGUUGUCAACCAACAUAGCCCCAGAACACCCAAUACCAACUUAUGUGCAUGGUGGUGGCCCAUCUCGAGCACUAUCUAGGCUUAACCCUUCUUCGCUUUUGAGAUCUGACCAUAUUGGGGUACUUUCUGUGUGAUUUGGUCAAAGACGCAAGCCCUUUCGACUGUACUGUAAAUAGCCAUGCUGCCCACAUAACUGCUGCAUGAUUAAGGCUCGUGACUGCCUAUGCUAAAUGUCUCAAUUCCACGUUCCUGUGGUGGGGCCUUGUCCAUCUUACAAUACAUAAACAGUACAACAGUC